GUGUCAAUAAUGAGUCAACAACAACAAAAUAACCAAAAUGCUAAAAACGUUUAUGUGCCAAGUGAAGUUAAAAAACCUUGGUAUGUCACCGAGGAAAUGAUGUCUCGGCGAAUUACUUGUGAGAAGCGCCCAAUGUCUUUAAGCAAGAAGGAAAAGAGAGAAUAUCGGGAAAGAAUGAUUCCAAUGCCGAUUACGACUCUUGAGGAAUAGUUAAGUUUUGAAUUUGUAUU